GUGCUGCCGGUUGGGCGGGGCGGGGCGGAGGAGGCGGCGGCGGCGGCGGCGGCGGCAGCGGCCAUGUCGUGGCUCUUCGGCCUCAACCGCGGCGCGGCCCCGGGGGGCGGCGGCGGCGGGGACGCGGCCGGGGUCUCCCUGCCUCCGGCCCCGGGGGGUACCGGUGGGGGGGGGGGAGGAGGAGGAGGAGGAGGAGGAACCGGGGACCGGCACCCGCCCAAGGACAAAUGGAGCAACUUCGACCCCACGGGCCUGGAGCGGGCGGCCAAGGCGGCGCGGGAGCUGGACGCGUCCCGCCACGCGAAGGAUGCCCUCAGCCUGGCGCAGAUGCAGGAGCAGACGCUGCAGCUGGAGCAGCAGACCAAGCUCAAGGAGUAUGAAGCUGCCAUAGAACAACUGAAGAAUGAGCAGAUACGGGUACAAGCAGAAGAGAGACGAAAAACGCUCAGUGAGGAAACAAAACAACAUCAAGCACGAGCCCAAUACCAGGACAAACUGGCACGGCAGCGCUAUGAUGAACAGAUGCGACAGCAGCAACUUGCUAAUGAGGAGAACCUGAGGAAGCAGGAGGAAUCUGUACAGAAACAGGAAGCCAUGAGGCGUGCUACUGUGGAGCGAGAGAUGGAGCUACGGCAUAAGAACGAAAUGCUGCGCGUUGAGGCAGAAGCAAGAGCCCGUGCCAAGGCUGAGCGGGAGAACGCAGACAUCAUUCGGGAGCAGAUACGCUUAAAAGCUGCUGAGCAUCGCCAAACUGUGCUAGAGUCCCUCAAGACAGCUGGAAUGCUCUUUGGGGAAGGAUUUCGUGCUUUUGUAACAGACUGGGAUAAAGUUACAGCCACGGUGGCAGGCCUAACCCUGCUAGCAGUGGGAGUUUACUCUGCCAAGAAUGCCACCGCAGUAGCCGGGCGAUACAUAGAAGCACGCUUGGGCAAACCUUCCCUGGUGAGAGAGACCUCGCGUAUUACUGUGCUGGAGGCACUUAAGCAUCCUAUCAAGGUUGGUAAGCGUCUUACCAGCAAGGCUCAGGAUGCCCUUGAAGGAGUUGUUCUCAGUCCACAGUUAGAAGCACGUGUGAGAGAUAUUGCCAUAGCAACGAGAAAUACAAAAAAGAACAAAAGCCUAUACCGGAAUAUUCUUAUGUAUGGUCCCCCCGGCACUGGAAAGACACUCUUUGCCAAGAAAUUAGCCGUGCAUUCGGGCAUGGAUUAUGCCAUCAUGACAGGUGGUGAUGUUGCCCCCAUGGGGCGGGAAGGAGUUACUGCCAUGCAUAAGCUCUUUGACUGGGCAAACACCAGUAGGAGAGGCCUCUUGCUAUUUGUGGAUGAAGCAGACGCAUUUCUGCGGAAGAGGGCAACAGAGAAAAUCAGUGAAGAUCUCAGAGCAACUUUAAAUGCAUUCCUGCACAGAACAGGGCAGCACAGCAACAAGUUUAUGCUUGUUUUAGCAAGCAACCAGCCUGAGCAAUUUGACUGGGCUAUCAACGACCGAAUAGAUGAAAUGGUGAACUUUGAUCUGCCCCAGCUAGAAGAACGGGAACGGCUUGUGAGGAUGUAUUUUGAUAGGCAUGUCUUGAAGCCAGCUACAGAGGGUAAACAACGUUUGAAGCUGGCCCAGUUUGACUAUGGCAAAAAGUGCUCAGAGAUUGCCAGGCUGACAGAGGGCAUGUCUGGUCGAGAGAUCUCUCAGCUUGCUGUGGCGUGGCAGUCGUUUUCAGUGUUGCUGUCUGUGCAGCAGACCUCUGUGCAGCGUUCCACCUCUGUGGAGGUGUCUGAGAACAAAACCUCAACCAGUGUCUGGACAACAGAGACGAAUGCUCAGGGUGCAGAAUGUCAGGCUUAAUCUGCGGUGAAGUGUUGUUCUGUUCCACAGGGGCUGUCCUACUGUUACCUCAAGCUGACUGAGACCUUGCUGCCUGCAAUUCCAGUCUUAACCUCCAUGCGAUGAAACCUAGCCAAAUCGCCCACCAGGUAGCUCUAGGAAAGGUAGUGGGGCAUCUGCGGUGCUGCUCCCGCUGCUAUUCCAGGUCUGCAGAAGUGCUGGAGGAAAUGGGCAGGGAGCACCUCUUGUAAAAAGCUGACAGGAAGGUAUUUAUCAUAUUCUUGAUAGAGUUUUGAGAUGCUGGGACCUACAUCGGCUCUACAUAGCCUGUCUGAUCUCAUCUCAUGGCCAGAACUGAACCUCAGAGGUGGUUUGGGGAAAGGUAACACGUGGAACCAGCUGGAGAGAAACCAUCAUAGCCAUCAGCUCUUAACCAAAGAGCAAACUGGAAUGACAGCACGUGGCCACUUCGCUGUCCCGUGGCCUUGCAGUCAUUUCCCACGAAGAUGCUUUUGGAUUGCUCUGCCAAUACUGCUAUUAACAUAAACAUCUCGGUUAAACUAGAAGCCCAAGCAGUAGUUGCAGCUUUCAUACAUCUAAUUUCACUCUAAGCUGGGUUUGAAAUUGAUUGGGUGCCACUUAAAUGAAGCUCUGGGUCGCUGUUAUUUCAUUCUGGCUCACGUUGUCCUGAAACAGAAAAAAAUAAGUGCAGAAAAGCAGGGAGUGUAACCUCUAGUGCUGGGAGAAAUAUUGUUGUCUGUGGCACAGCUAAUAGUCUGCAUGCUAGAAAUCCAUUUUAAUCUCUCCUGCAGAAGACUUUGCCUUCCCUUUUGUCCUUGUUCUUUUCCAUUCUCCAUAUCUAAUCCUUCAGGAAUAUAGCACGGAUUAGAUGCAUUUACACACUUUAAAAUUCCCGUCAGAUCUAUUACAGUGCUGUGCAGACUUUCAAAUUCUGCACCCUGAACUUGAACCCAUUGAUAGGCUUUAGAUAAAAUGUCAAAGAAGCAACUUUUCAUUAUUCCCGGCCCUACCCUCUGGAAAAUUGCUUUGGCAUCACUUCAAAAGAAUUCUCAGGAGUUUUAUGUCCCCGUGGUAACGACAGAGGUGAGCUUCCUGUCAUUUCUUCGCCUUUUGUGCCACAGCUAUAAAUACCUUCUUGCUCCCUGAGUCUUGUUUGUGUUUAAAAAAAAGAAAAAGGUAUUCUGCCACACUAGGUUAUGGGAAGAAUUAAUGUUUCAGAAGUGUUUGAGCUGAAGGACAUUAUAAGUCUAGGGGGUAUCUUUUGUAUUAUAUUUUUGACCAGACUAUUUUCAUUAUAGAUGUGAUUCAAAGGGUACAGAUUAGCUUGUCGGCCAUGUAAAAAUAAACCUUGUUUCUUGGCUGAAACGAAGCAUUGGGUCGUUUAAAGCUGGGCUUGUCAUCUGUGAUCCAUUCCUCCACUUCCACCAAACUGCUUUGUUUUCAGAUUAUUUUUUCACUGGGCUCGAGUUACAAAACACAAAUGGUUGCACUGGGAAAAAAUGGGUUAAAAUUUGUCCAUGCAGGAGGCAGAGGUAUGAAUAUAAAUGAGGCACAGAACCAUUUUUGUGUGUGUGCAAGCUACUCCCAGAAGGGACAGCUGCUUCCCCCAUUUGCUUUCUUGACAGUGAGGGCCUGAGGCUUUCUAAAAAUAGAAAGUCAUUGAGAAAAUCAACAGAGCGUGAACUGCACAGCUUUGCAGGAGUUUCCACAGUUAAAUUUAUGGUCUAUGCAGAGGCAGGGAGGAAGGGAAGACAUCCUCUCUGUUCUGUGGAGGCAUACAGCGCACAGCCCGGGAACGCUUACUCCAUUUUAAACCCCCCAGAUCCUUCUGGCUGGAGGGCUGCGUUGGCAAAGGGGUGCUGGUUCCUGUUAGCCUCAACUCCCCAGUAAAAGAAGAAAAAAAGCAAGAAAUAAACACAAAACAAAGUGCAGGAGGGUGACGGGGCGAGUCAGGUGGUUUUAACUGAGCCGAGCCUCCCUGCCAUGCCCCUUUCCCAGUGGUGAGAGAAGGCAGCUCGUGGUUUGAUACCCAGUGGGUGAAUAUUUGUGGGAAAGAUCCGCCUUGUGGGGCGCAGGAUACCUCUGCUCUCUUGUUGGACGCAGGACGAGUGCCUUUGUGCAAAGACUAUUUGCAGGCUCUUUUCUACUCCUCCGCACUCCCUGCUUGCGGCCGGUGUUUACCCGCUAACUCAAGGCGUGAGCAUUAGCCUAAGUUGUCACUUCUGCCUUAAGGAAGGAUUACAUAGGGUUUGCACAGGGAAGAGUCUGCUUCUGAUGCUUCUUGCAGUAAAAACCAGCGCCUGCCAACUCCACGGUUACACGUGGUUUGUGCAGUAAGACCUUUUCUGCCUGGUGAUGUUCCCCAUUCUCCAGAAAGGGCUGUGGGGUAGGGGCUGGCAUGUAAGCUAGGGGAGCUUGAAACCAACGCUGCAACCUUUUGUCCGUUUGUUGAAAUAAUGACUCCGAU